AUGUCAGAUCCCAGGUCGCCACAUCUCAAGAAUCGUGAUACCCCUCCAUGGGGCUUAUACCAACGCGAGAACUUCUGGAAAUUGAACGAAGGCAAAGUUCCGCCAUUCAACACAUACCCCGAUAAGCUUGAGGAACUCGCCAAGAAGAAGCUCACUGAAAAUGGCUGGCUCUACGCAUCAUCCAACGCUGGCCUGUCAGAUACCCAUCUCGCGAACCGUCAGGCUUUCUUCAGACAUAAGAUCGUCCCUCGUCAGCUUGUAGACACCAAUGAGCGAUCUACCAGAACUACCAUUUUUGGCCAUGAGGUCUCUGCGCCGUUUGGAAUUGCGCCUAUUGGGAUCAACAAGAUCUAUCAUCCGCAAGGCGAGCUUCCUGUUGCUAAGGUCGCCGGUGAACUUGGCAUUCCUUACAGUCUCUCGACUGCGGGCUCCUGUCCGAUUGAAGAUGUCGCUGAAGCAAAUGAGGCUGGUCGGAAGGUUGCACAGAAUAGCGAAGAGAGUCACCGCAUCCCUGAAGGCCCUCAAUUCUUCCAGCUCUAUAUGCCUCAUGAUGACGAGCUAACGCUGUCAUUACUCAAGAGAGCACAUGAAUCUGGAUUUUCGGCAUGUAUCUUAACAACAGAUACGUGGCAACUCGGAUGGCGACAUGACGAUGUUGCGACGUCUAACUACGCCUUCUACCGCGGCAUCGGUGCCGACUUGGGUCUGUCGGACCCCAUCUUCCAGAAGCGUUUGGCCGAGCAUGGCAUCGAUCCAAAGAAUCAGCCCGCAGAGGCUGGAGCACUCUGGAUCGACAACGUCUGGCACGGCCGCGCAUGGUCUUGGGAGAAAGCUCGCGUUGAUGAUGCUGUGAAAGCAGCUGAUCUGGGUUUUGAGGGUAUCGUCGUCAGUAUUCACGCUGGACGCCAGGUUGAUGGAGCGAUUGGGAGUCUUGAUGCUCUGGAACAGAUUGCUGAAAAGGUCGGCGAUCGUAUCGUUGUUACUUUCGAUAGCGGUGUCAGAGGAGCUGCUGAUAUUGUCAAGGCUCUUGCUCUGGGCGCCAAGUUUGUCUUUGUUGGGAGAUUGUGGAUCUGGGGACUUAGUAUCAUGGGAGAGCAUGGAGUCAGGCACGUGUUGAAGGGAUUGUUGGCAGAUCUGGACAUCCUGAUGAAUGUCGCGGGGCUGAAUAAGGUUGAAGAUAUUGAUAAGAGUCUUAUACAAUCCCAGCCUUUAAACUGCAAGAGCAAGCUAUAG